UUGCUAUGACCUUUGAACCUUCCAUCCGGGACACAAGCAACAACAGUCACCUGUAACUUCAGAACGAAUAGCCUGAGCGCAGCGUCAUGACAAAAACGGGCGGUCUUUUCCCCACUGGAGGGACCGGCAUUGUAACACUGAUAUGGGCGACUGUUGUGGCCAUAGCUGUGGUAGUAGUAAAGGUGACUAUGGGUCUUUGGAACACCGUCAGACGUAAUCGGAAACUAGCGCGGGAGUUUCCGGUACCACCCGGAAGUCACUGGCUGCUCGGACACAUGGUUUUGCUCGGUGAUGAGGGUCGAGGAUUGAUGACGAAGUCAAUGGAGUGGUCCGCAGUCUACAAGUACGCUCAUGUAAUCCACAUGGGGCCGUUCCUGCAACACUGCACAGUGUACCACCCGGAUUACGUGAAGGCUGUGAUGUCACGUGCAGACAAAAAGGACGACUAUGUCUACGGUUUCUUGAGGCCUUGGCUGGGAGACGGUCUUCUCACCACCGCUGGAGCCAAGUGGUUCCGGAACCGCCGCCUACUCACACCAGGGUUUCACUUCGAGAUCCUCAAGCCGUACGUUAGGCUCUUCUCGGAGAGCACAAACGUCAUGAUGACAAACUGGGAGCAACUGGAGUCUGGAUGCACCAUUGACGUGUUUCACCACAUGAGUCUGAUGACGCUGGACAGCAUGUUAAAGUGCGCGCUCAGUCAGCAUACAGACUGUCAGACGAGGAAAACGAACGACUACAUCGCUGCCGUGUACGAGUUGUCAGACCUGACCAUGAGGAGAGGGAGGUCCCUGAUACUCAGGAGUGACCUGAUCUACGCUCUGUCUUCUGACGGGAGGAGGUACCGCAAAGCCUGCAAACUGGUCCACGAGUAUGCAGAACGCAUCAUCGCUGAGCGACAAGAAACCCUGAAGCAACGAGGUACUGACGAGAAGACGACCAAGGACAAGAAAUAUCUCGACUUUCUAGACAUACUUUUGAAAGCGAGGGAUGAAGACGGUAACGGUUUGACGGACGCUGAGAUCAGGGACGAGGUGGACACCUUCAUGUUCGAGGGACACGACACCACAGCCAGCGGGCUGUCCUGGACCCUGUACUGUCUGGCUCGUCAACCGGGACAUCAGGAGAAGUGCAGGAACGAGGCACGGGAAGUGCUGCAGGGGAAAACGGAAGUGACGUGGGACCUUCUGCCAUCUCUGAAGUACAUCACCAUGUGUGUAAAGGAGUCCCUGCGAUUGUUCCCUCCUGUACCCAUGAUAUUCCGUCAUCUAGAGAGCCCCCUGACGUUUCCAGAUGGAAAGACACUCCCAGAAGGAUCAAGAGUCGGCAUAUCGCCCAACACUCUGCACCACAACCCUCACGUCUGGGAAAACCCUAAUGAGUUUGAUCCACUCAGAUUUUCUUCUGAAAACUCAAAAGAAAGACACCCAUUUGCGUUCGUCCCCUUCGCUGCAGGACCGAGGAAAACCAACGACUACAUCUCUUCAAUCCACGAACUGGCAGAACUGGCAACACAGAGAGGGAGGAGUCUAGUUUACCUCCUGAGUGACUUCGUGUAUGGCCUCUCGGCUAGUGGAAAAAGGCACAAAGCCGCCUGCCAGCGUGUCCACCAACACUCCGAACAAAUCAUUCGUCAACGUAAAGACGUUCUGGAGGGGCAGUCGGCUGGAGACAGUACCCAUGACAAGAAAUAUCUGGACUUUCUCGACAUUCUGUUGAGAGCAAAGGAUGAAGACGGUAACGGUCUGACGGACGCUGAGAUCAGGGACGAGGUGGACACCUUCAUGUUCGAGGGACACGACACCACAGCCAGCGGGCUGUCCUGGACCCUGUACUGUCUGGCUCGUCAUCCGGGACAUCAGGAGAAGUGCAGGAACGAGGCACAGGAAGUGCUGCAGGGGAAAACGGAAGUGACGUGGGACGACCUACCGUCGAUGAAAUACAUCACUAUGUGUGUGAAGGAAAGCCUGAGGAUGUACCCGGCGGUUCCUGAAAUAUUACGAGAAGUGGAGACUCCUCUCAACUUCCCCGAUGGAAGGACCUUACCUGAAGGAUCACAGGUGUAUAUCGGGCUGUAUCAUCUUCACCAUAACCCCCACAUCUGGGAGAGGCCUGACGAAUACGACCCUCUGCGCUUUUCACCUGAGAGCUCCAAGGACAGACAUCCGUACGCCUUUCUACCCUUCUCAGCAGGGCCCAGAAACUGUAUCGGACAACACUUCGCCAUGAACGAGUUGAAGACAGCUGUAGCGCUCAUCCUGCAGCGGUUCAGCCUGACUCCUGACGACACCCUGCCGGAGCCUUUCCAUGUAACCAGGCUGGUCCUACGGGCGGAGCAUCCUGGGCUCUUCCUGAAAAUAAAACCUGUCUAAAUGGAAUGAGCACCUAGCCUAUUGACCUGCAGUUGUAGUUCUCUUCCAGCAGACGGUGUCUGUGAGCCUUAACCCUCAUCCGCCUAGCCUGAUUGAAGUCCGUUUGGACACCGGGCGUAGAAUCGUACCAUUUCAACAUUUUCGAUUGGAAAAAAAGCUCCUUUCAUAUGUCUUCCAUAGAUGUGUUACAACUUUGCAUAGACUUAUAUUGGGAUUAGCUCCUUGAUGUAAAGGUUUUGUUGGAAAGUCCUUAGUGGGGUCCAAACGGACCCCAACAAAAUAUGUAUUCAUAUUUCUUAUAGUUUUACAUAUACUAGUAUCUAAUACAUCAGUUCUUAUAACAUCAGUUAUACCAUAGGAACGACUUAUGUUAUAGACGUUAUUUUGUAGGAAUGUUAAAAACGUUUUGGAAGAAAAAAGUGUUUAACUCAAAUUGUGGUGCUCCACGGUUUUGCAACAUCAAUUUUGGUAAUGAGAAGUGAUUUCAUGGUAUCUACA